UGAACAGCGCAUGCCUCACGAGGUGCCGCCCUCGCGCGCCCUCCUCCCGGCUGAUUUUUGCGCCAACCGCGUCUCAUCGCUUGCUUCGCCCUCUUGCAGCCCGUGACAGCCGUCCCUUCUCCGCCUCGCCCUUGCGGCCGAAGCACGACGGUGACCCGAGGUUCAGAGACCUGGGCAAACAGAUAUCGGACGAGUAUGCCGUCGUCAGAGAACACUAUGACACGCCAAAGAACCCCAUCGUCCUCGCCCACGGCCUGAUGGGCUUCUCCGAACUGCGCCUCGGCGCCUACGUCCCGCCAAUCCACUACUGGCGCGGCAUCUCCGACUCGCUAAGCACCCUCUCCGGCCCGUCCAACAUCAUCACCACCUCCGUCCCGCCCUCGGCGUCCAUCGAGGACCGCGCAGCCAAGCUGGCCGCCGACAUCGCCGCCAAAGCCGGCGGCCGCGCCGUCAACAUCGUGGCGCAUUCCAUGGGCGGGCUCGAUGCGCGCUACAUGAUUUCCCACCUCAAGCCGCGCGACGUCAAAGUGCUUAGCCUCGUCACCGUCGCGACGCCGCAUCGCGGGAGCGCGUUUGCGGAUUACUUGCUUGAUGGACAGGGCCCCAUCAAGCUCGCGAAUUUGUAUGGGCUUAUGGAGCGCGCUGGGUUGGGGACGCAGGCUUUUGAGCAGCUUACGCAGCGGUACAUGGAGGAGAAGUUUAACCCUGCGACGCCGGAUAGUGAUGAGGUGCGGUAUUUUAGUUAUGGUGCGUGUACGGAUCGGCCGCCGCUGCUGAGUCCGUUUCGGCAGAGUCAUUGGGUUAUUGAGGAUGCCGAAGGCGCGAAUGAUGGGCUGGUGAGUGUUGCGAGUAGUCGGUGGGGGAAGUAUCAGGGUACGUUGCUGGAUGUGAGCCAUUUGGAUUUGAUUAAUUGGUCGAAUCGGCUCAAGUGGACGUUGAGGAAGGUGUGGAUGGGGCAGACGAGGACGUUCAAUGCUGUUGCUUUUUAUCUUGAUAUUGCGGAUAUGUUGGCCAAGGAGGGGUUAUGAGGCGGCUGUUGCUGUAUGAGGUGUAAGAUGGACUCACUUUGAGGGGUACGACAAUUAUGCUGGCUACGACUGUAAUCUCUACUAUGAGUUGUGUAAGAGUACGAAGGGGGCAAAGGAUAGAAAUAGCGAGCAAUGGCGUUAUGGACUAGAUGAAGACGUGUAAGUAUUGAGACGUGUUGUAAUUUAUAGAUUGAAUAGCUAUAAGAGGAAGAGAAGCCGAGGACGCAUAUCACGAAAGCACAUGCAUGACCAGCGCCCCAGUUCCGAU